AUGAGACUGACAAACAUGGACAAUCGAUCAAUCCAUUACUGCUUUCCUAACAACAAUUUGUCUUGUACCAAAAGUAUCCGACCUGAAGUCGAGUACAUCGUGGUGUACAUUUUUGUGGGUGUAACAUCGGUGUUCACCGUGUUUCUGAACUUGUUGGUGAUCAUCUCCAUCUCGCACUUCAAGCAGCUCCACACUCCGACCAAUGUGUUGAUUCUCUCUCUGGCAGUGGCUGAUCUGAUCGCAGGACUGAUUCUCAUGCCGGUGCAGGGAAUGAAACUGAUCGAGCCCUGCUGGUACUUUGGAGAAAUGUUCUGCUCCAUAUUUCCUCUCAUUCUCUAUGUGGUCGUGGUAGCAUCUCUGGGUAACAUGAUCAUCGUCUCUGUGGAUCGGUUCAUUGCAGUGAAUGACCCUUUACGAUAUCCACUGAAGGUCAAUAAUAACAGAGUUGUUGUUUCUAUAGUUGUGAACUGGUCAUUCUCCUUUUUAUAUUCCUUUUAUUUAUUAUACGAGUUUUUACUUCAUCCAGAAACCACCCACACUUGUAUUGGAGAGUGUGUACUUGUUGUUACAUUGGAAAAUCUAAUAAUCGAUGCUUUGGUUUGUUUAAUGGCACCGUGUUGUAUAAUUAUCCCCUUAUAUGUGAAAAUCUGCUAUGUUGCGAAAAGGCAAGCAAAGCAUUUAAAUGCAGUCACAGAAAAAAAGGCCAAGUCUGAAAAAAAAGCAGCAAGAACCUUGGGGAUCGUGGUGCUUGUUUAUCUUCUGUUCUGGACACCCUAUUACAUAGUGACGCUUUCUUUUGGGCAUGAUGAAAAUGAUGCGCUAAUAAUUAAUGUAAUGUACUGGUUGCUAUGCAUGAAUUCCUGCAUGAAUCCCCUCAUUUAUGCCAUGUUUUAUCAGUGGUUUAGAGUGUCAGCAAAAUAUAUAUUGACUCUGAAAAUAUUUGAACCUUCAUCCAAAUUCUUAAACUUGUUCCCAGAAGCACACAUGUAA